AUGGAUCUCCCUCGAGGAGAUCAAAGCUACAAUGUACAAAAGAAGAAAGAACUAUCUGAAUCUUUGUUGGAAAUGAUUUUGGACACUAAAUUCACUGACGUUGCUCAGAUUUUGAAAGGUCAAAAUUUAGAGCUAAUUGAGGAAUUGGUAUGUAAGGACCCUUACAUUCUACACAAGGCUUUCAGUAGCUAUUGGGAGAUCAAGGACGAAGUGACAGAAAAAGAAUUCGAAAGCUUGACGAAAAAUUUACUCAAGUUUUUAUCAGAUGUGUUUGCACUCUUGAAUAAGAUACCCGCUUCUUACAAGAAAUUACUCUCAUGCCAAGAUAAUGGUGAAACUCUAAUUCAUUGGGCAGUCCGCAUUCAAAAUGUGAGUUUUUGA